CAUGCUGCUCCACAUACUCGCCAUGGUUUUAUGACAAAGAGAAAAUUUUCAUGAGCCACUUUUGUAUCCCCACCCUCUUAAUGAAGGAGGAGGAAAAUUUGUUUCAUACAGAAGGCGUUAGUUAUAUGAAUUAGAACUGCCACCUAAGUGUGGGCUAACGCAACCAAGAGGGACUUCACCUACAUCCAUUCAGUCAGUUUAUUGGGGUUUAUAGAAAUUCCAAAGAGUCAUCAGAAGAGGAAAAAUAAAGGUAAUGAUUUUUGCCACACAGGUAGAGUCUUUGAAAGUAUGUGUAAUAUGUAAAACAUUUUGUUUGACACCCCCAUAAUAUUUUUUCCAGAAUUAACAGUAUAAAUGGCUCUUUUGUUCAAGAGCUUCCUAUCAAACCUCUCAUCACUACUCACAGCAACCUCAACUCCUGCCACAAUGUUCAAGAUGCAACUCUUGUCUUGCAUUGUACUAACGCUUGCACUCAUCACAAACAGUGCACCCACUUCAAGCUCUGCAAAGGAGACACAGCAACAACUGGAGCAACUACUGCUGGACCUACGGAUGCUUCUGGUUAGAGUUAAAAAUUACGAGCCUCGCAGACUCUCCAUGAUGUUCACAUUUAAAUUUAACAUGCCCAAGAAGGCCACAGAAUUGAAACAUCUUCAGUGUCUAGUAGAAGAACUCAAACCUCUGGAGGACGUGCUAAAUGUAGCUCCAAGCAAACAAAAUACCAGGGAAUUAAUCAGCAAUAUCAAUGUAACAGCUCUGGAGUUACAGGGAUCUAAAACACCAUUCAUGUGUGAAUAUGAUGAUAAGGCAGCAACCAUUGAAGAAUUCCUGAACAACUGGAUUGCCUUUUGUCAAAGAAUCAUCUCAACACUGACUUGAUAGUGUCUCCCAUUUAAAAUGUAUGGGGCUUUGUAUUUAUUCAAAUAUUUAAAUUUUAUAAUUUAUUUUU